UAUAGUAAAGCUAUAGUUAGCUGAUGCCAGAGUGAGAGCUCCACGAUGUGGGCAUCUUGUCUUAUAAAAUGACUCUCUUUCCUCCCCUGCCCUCUCUUUCUCUCUUCUUUCUUCGCUCUUCGGACAAAGUUCAAAACGUACAAUACCUUCUGAUAAAAAUUUCUACUUGCUUUAUCACAAUUCCAAUUGUACAUUUUGAACAUUCAACUUUACUUAUUCCAACACUAUUCAAACCACACUUUACAACACUUUCAACACGCUUUUUCGCCUUAUCACAAUUCCACUUGCAUACGUGUAUGUUAUACAUUGAAAAUUACAAUUCAAAUACCAUUCAAGCCACUCUUAAUAUCGCCUUUAACACGCCUUCGCCUUAUUAUCACUCCGACUAUACACAUACAUAUCAUACAUUCAACUUAAAAUCUCAAAAUACCACUCAACCACCCUUCAUAUCGCCUUCGAGUCGAUCUUCGUCGACUCAUCUAUUAUCAAGAUGGGCUUAAGCGCCAUCAUGCACACCGCAUUGGGCGGUGCUAAAGACCUUAUACCCUCUCGACUUCGUCGCUCGAGACACUCUAGAAGAUCCAAAGGAUCUAGAUAUAUUUCAAAGGAAGGGAUUAUAUCACGCUAUAGAUCCUCUCCAGCAGGUGACUCAGUCUUUGAUAAAGACUCCUCGGAUGAGAGUAUAUUUUAUAGAGCCUCUUCAUCGGAAGACUCUUCAGAAGAAGAGGCUAUAAUUUGUUAUGCCCCUUCGGAGGGAGAUUUCUCAGUAGAGACCAAUUCUCUCAACUCCUUGUCAAAAGAAGAUGGUAUAGUUUAUAAGAUUCCUUCAGUGGAAGACUUCCCAGAAGAGGAAACUGUUUCUCAUAGUCCCUCUUCAAAAGAAAAGACUGUAUUUUACAAGGCUCCUUCUGCAGAAGACUUCCCAGAAGAGGAUAUUGUUUCUCAUGGUCUUUUUGCAGAUGAAGAGGCUGUCUUGUACGAGGUCUCUUCGGUGGAACAAAUCGCAAAUCCAUUGAUCUCGGAAAACUCAGCUGAGACAGUCACUGAUGGCCCAUGUGAGGCCGAGGAAAAUAAAAUUCCUCAAGUUCAAGCCUCCGUUCAAGAACUCGUUGCACAUUUCGAGACCCUGAAGGAAGGAUCCUCAGAAAUCCCAGUUUCAGAAGUCUCCAUUGAGAGCCUUAUGCAUAAUCCAUCCAGGGGAAAAUCUUCCACUAAUCACAUCAAUGGCCAUGAUGGCCAUGAUGAUUCUAAGAGCUCUACAGAUACAAUCAUCCAUAAACCAUCGGAAGCCUCCGAGGUCCAUAAGAUCUCACGACGUCAAGAUUAUAAGAACAAGAUCCGUCGAUGCCUAUCCUCGAAAUCUUUGUCCUCCAAAUCUCUUUUCUCAACCCGGGAAACGAGUGCACCCUUGAACAAGUUGGAGGAAGAAUCUUCCACUCAUCACAUUAUUGACCAAGAUGAUUCUAAAGGCUCCACGGAUACAAUCAUUCAUAUACCAUUGGAAGUCUCCGAGGUCCCCAAGAUCUCAAGGCGUCAAGAAUAUAAGACCAAAAUUCGCCGAUGUCUAUCAUCGAAGUCACUCUCCUCGACUCAGCAAUUUAUUGCACCAUCAAAAACAUUAGAGGUAGAAUCCUCCACAAACAAUGUUUACCAAAAGAAGAAAUUCUCCACCUCUAAUUACUCAAUCUCCAUCUAUUCACAAGAGGGCAUUGAUGAGAUCUUCGUAUCUCCAGAGGAAAAGGAAUUGAAUGCUUUGAAAGCGAAGCUAUUCCAUCAAGAACUAGAAUUAAAGAAACUUCGCUCGGAGAAUUCGCAGCUUCGCAGUGAUCCCACCUCAAAUUCGGUUUCAGAAUCAGAGACUGUCGUUCAUACUCCAUUGGAAAACACCCGAACCUCAAAUCGCGAAAGGUGCCGAAGCAAGGUCCGCCAAUAUGUAUCUUCAACUCAUGAGCUCAUGGCACCCUUGAAGGCUUUGCACCCUAGUAACCGAGCAGAAAGGGGUCACGCCAAACGACUAUAUAAAGAACGCCUCGAAGCUUUGGAAAAUGCCCCGAUGUUCUUUGAAACAGUCCCAUUUGAGUCCACGGAUGAGGCUGAGGCCCCAAUCUUCUAUUGCCCUCGUCAUGUUAGCUGUUCCUGCGAGCCUCAUCCGAGUUGCCCCCUUGAAAAGAAGAAGAUGGAGGAACAAGCUCUGCCCAUCACAGAGCAUUCCAGCGAAGUGUUUUCCGCCGAUGACUAUAUCUUACACAUCAAGGAUUUGUCAGAUGAAUUCCUCGGUAUUAAACCCUCUGCUGUAGAGGAAAAGCUGGAGCAACAAAUUCCGCAAGUCCCCGAGCAGCGUCAGCCCAAAAAAUCUUCAAUCAAGGACCACACUGGACAUGUCAACCAUUUGGCCGAUGAUCGCCUUGGUGUCACUGGAUUCAACCCCCGAACCGGUGUUUUGGAUUCAUCAGAGGAGCAUAAAACUCCCCGACGAGUCCACUGGGCCAGCACCGAAAAUGGCUGGGAAAGCAGGCCUAUACGCUCUCCAACGUCUUCGACUGGUGGUCGCAAGGUUCCCAGAAGAUUCGGGAAAAAGAAGCGCGCCGCUGAUUCCGAGGCAACUAAAGAACCCGAAUGUACAAAAGUCUCUGAGCCAGUCAAAGAACCAAAAUGUGCAGAAGCCCCUGAACCAGCCAAAGAACCAGAAUGCGCAGAAGUCCUUGAGCCAGUUACAAACGCUUGGGGCGAUUUUUUAGCCGAGAGAAAGCACUUGGGCUUGACAGUACACGACAAGUUCAACAACAAGUGCAUCACCACGUCCACCAUCACCAUUGGACCACUUGGACCACUGGGCGGGAUGGUUCGUGCGGCCUUCGGAUCACUCGACGAGGUCGACGAUUGAAGAAGAAGAGAAGGAGAAGGAGACAUCGCUCGUCUUUUUUUGAAUAAAAUAAAAUUAAACUAAACGGCGUUACUGGUCUAUUUUGUGUUUGGAGAGGAGGAGGGGGGGAGAAAGGGGCGUCGGUCGUGUCUUUUUCUCUUUUUUGGAAUAAAAUUAAAAAAACGAAGAGGCGUUGGUCUAUUUUUUGGAAGGCAAGAAUAGGAGGAAAAGGAAAGGAGGCAUCGCUCGCCUUUUUUUUUGAGUAACCAAAAAAAAGAAAAGGCGUUUUUGAUUUGAUUUUUGAACGGAAAGAAGAGGAGGAGAAGGAGUCGUCGGUGGUUCUUUUUUGAGUAACCAAAAAAAGAAAAGGCGUUUUUGAUUUGAUCUUUUAGAGCGGAAAGAAGAGAAGGGAAGGAGUCGCCGGUGGUUCUUUUUCGAGUAAAAAUAAAAAACUAAUAGGCCUUUUUGGUUUAUUUAUCUUUGGAGGGAAGGAAGGUCUUGGUUUUGUGUUUUUGGCUUGGUUUAUUCUUGAGUCGUUCGCUUCUCUUUUUAUCUUUGUUGGUUUUGGUUUGGCGGUUUUGUGCGUAUCAGUCUCGGUAUCAAGCUCAGUAUCAAGUUCGGUGUCAGUAUCAGUCUCAGUAUCAAGCUCAUGAUCAGUCUCAGUAUUAGUAUUAGUAUCGGUAUCAGUAUUAGCUUCUAUAGAA